AUGUCCAGCAAUGAGAUUAAGGUCUGGAAAUGUCCAACUUGCAGGGAAGAUAAUGUUUCGGAAACUAUUGAUGAGGAUAAACUAGACACAACUUAUGACAGUAAUGUUUCUCUCUCACUAGCUACAGAAAUUUAUGGCUUACAGUGUUUUAUGGCUAGUCACAAUAAUUCCCUAGCUACAUUAAAAGGAAAAAUUCAAGAUAUUGAUAUUGAUGGAGAGAUGGACCUAAACGCUUUACUUACAAUUGCUGCUGAAGCAGGCUCACUACUGCUUGAGGAAAAUGACAAAUUAAAACAGCAAAUUCAUGACUUGAAAAAUGACAGACACCAGGCUGAACAGCAGGCUGAAGAAAUAAUCAAGGAACUACGGGAUAAAGUAAAUAUCCUAACAGAAGAAAUAAAUAAACAAGAAAGUGUUCACGUACAUAAAACUCAAUCUUUAUAUGAAAAAAUGAAAACUGAAAUUGAAAAUAAGAAUAAUAUAAUUUCUCAGCUAGAAGAUGACAAGUUGAUGUAUAGGACUCAACUUAAGGAUCACAUGAAAGAGAAAGAGGAAUUGAAAUCAUGCAAAAAGGAGAUGGAUAAACUUAGUAAUGAACAAUCUAAGUUCCAGCUAACCAUGAAGGAUAAUGAAGAUUUAAAAACAAAGAUAAAUUUGCUGAUGAAUAAAAAAACCCUCUUAGAGAAGAAAAUUUUAGAAUUAGAGUCGAAAAAAGAAGCUGGGGACAGCCAUGCAAGAGAUUUAGCUCAAUUCCUCACUCCACUAAUGCCCCAGUACUCCGUCUCAUCCGGCUACUAUCCAGGUGCCUCACUGCUAUACGUGGUCGAACAGUUGGAGAAGUGCAACAACAGAUAUAAGGAGAAUGAUUGUAUCAUACUUAUUGACACAGCCUUCGCACACUGUAUUUCUGCAGAUAUUGGGGACAGAAACAAUAUGUCUGCAGGUGUAGCUGUAGUGUUUAGGAACCACUUCGGCAAACCAACAAAGGAUGACUUUAUAAACCAACACCUAGCAAGGCAAAAAGUAAAGAAUGGUUCUACUAUUUACAGUUUAGUAACCAAACAAAAAUACUUUGAAAAACCCUCUAUUACUGAUUAUGAAAAGGCGUUUGAGGAGAUAGCAGUAGACAUUAAAAAGAAUAGCCUCAAACAACUAAUCUGUUCACCACUCGGAUGUAUGAGGGACAGAAUACCACCUGAAAUUUUUAUGAAGAAUUUGUUGAAACUUCAAGAAUAUACUGGGGUAAAUAUUACAGUUGCUGUAAUUGACAACAAAAGGCACAUGGCUCGAAGAGAAAAUAAUCCUAGUACUGGAAGCAAGUCACCUAAUAUGGCUACAAACCUACAAGAUAUACUGAUGAGGAACCUAACACAAAUGACACCUCCUACAUUGUCCGACCCAAGGCGCUGCAGCAGCUAUCCUGAUGACAACAACCAUGAGCCGUCUGAUUUGCACCAGUCCAGCCGUAGUAGCAGUAGCAGCAGUGUCUCUGUGUCCAGUGAAGUGAAUGAGCAGUCUGAGAAAGUAUGUGAUAAAGUUAAAUCCCCCCCCAUUAUCACUCAUGGCCCCUUCUCCUUCUCAGAGAUGACAGAUGGAGUACACCUGUCACUCCAGGACUGUGAAGUAUGGAGUAUGGAGUGGUGUGGUAGUGGAAGGGACGGUCCAAGUGAAAUCUUCAGUACCGUUACCUGCGACUCCCUGCUUGCCGCUCUGAGACCUCUCCAGAAUUUCUCCAGAUAUCCAGGACUUCUCCAGGAUUCCAGGACCUCUCCAGAUAUCCAGGACUUCCUACAGAUCGACCACCCCGUCAGAAUACUAGAGACCCCGUCUACAGAUGCUGGAGAAAAGUUUUCUUCUUUCUCUAGACCAGACCGCACGCCCUGGAGUCCAGGAGACAGGAUGACGGGAAUGACAAGAAGACGAGGUCCAGAGAAGUCGAUCGGGAGAGUGAGCUCGACCGGGAAAGCUAAGACUGGAGACAACUCCGCUUACUUUCACCAUGGCAUUCGGUUUUUCCAAUUUCCUCCAGACAUUGUGAGUGAUACGAUAAAAGAGCAAUUGAAGGCCUUUCUACGAGGCUCUGCUAUGGCCGGCCGCUCGAGUAUGACCCACGACCUACUGCCUUCCAUUUCUCCAUUCCACCAUUCCUCCCUACACUUCUGGGUUUCCGACUUUCCCUGCUCCGGCUCUGUCCGGCUGACAACUGCUCUCCGGAUAAUCAGUCCUGGUGACAAGAGAAGAAAGCUCUUUUCGGGAGCUGAAGAGCUGUUUAAAAUUCAGGAAGUCUAUCUUGAUGAGAUCCCCGAUUAUUCUAAGUCGGUCAUCUUCUCCGUGGUGAAACUUAUGAGAAGUACUUGUGGUUCAGCUCUACCGGAAGAUGUGACUACGAGAAUGUUCCCUUUGCUGAUACUUUUAUCUGCCUGUGCGUUUUCUGUCUCCGGCUUCAGCGCUCUAUACUCCGAUCAGAACCCAACUCAAGGAAAGAAAUUUGGAGGUUACCGUAUUGUGCCAAAGACCUGUGCAGACUUAACAUCAAAUGGCAAGGCGAAGGGAGUGUGCAUGUUCAACUAUGAAUGUGCACAACGAAACGGUCAAGUGGUCGGAUCAUGCAUGGACGGUUUCCUCUUCGGUGCUUGUUGCAAACUUCCACCGGGAUCCGUCUAUCUUCCUCCAGGAGUUGAUGUUCCCUCCUCUUCCCCUUCAACAACAUCUCUCAAACCUAUUGACCACAACACCCUUUCUACAAAGCCAAUCACUCUUCAUCCUGUCGGAGAAACUAUUCUUCUUCACAAAAAUGGCUCUGUAGUAGUCGAUCAAAAUGAUCCACAGGAAUUUGAUUUACUGAAAAAGCCACAGGAAGGUUCUCCAUUACCGGAAGUCAAUACCCCAAGUUAUGUAAUUGAUCUUGAGAAUCAUCUGUCUUCAACUAACGUUUUCACAAAAACCGAUGACGAUUCAUCUCAUUGGGUAACCAAACACCCCUAUAAUUCCAAUACACAGGCCAUGUCUAAAACCACUCAGUCCGAAUUCAAUGCAGUCACACCUUCAAUGCAGGGCACCACCCGUCAUGAUGAGGAGAACUUUCCUUCGACAACUGACGAUGACACUGUUACUAAACAUUCCACACUCAGUAUGCAAACACAUUCUACUACUAAGUUACCGUCCUAUGUUUACUUCACAAAACCAGGCCCUACAAAAGAUUCCAACAAACCUGUACUGUUUACAAAGCCCAUAUCUUACACCUCCAGCAACCAACCCCUGAAACCAAAACCUGUUACAUCAAAUACUUUUACUCAAUCCACUACUGAAAAAAGCUACUCGACUCAUUCCCUACCACAUGAAGACAAUAUGCUCCUCAUUCCUACCAUAACAAACAGCAAACCUGGAAUUGAGGAUGUAACUGAUGCUGUAUCUAUAAAUCACAUCCUUCAUCUUUUGAACGAUACUGAACCAGUUCCUGAACCUAUUUCAACAAGUUCACCCAGUUUAUCAACCUGGGUUUCAAUCAACGGGAAACCUGAGAAAACCGGUUCAUAUCCCUCCUCAUACACAACCUCCCACUACUAUGAAUAUGAAGCCUCUAAUGAGCCUUCUGUGAGUACGACAGUGCAACAUGUUCAAGGACCUUCAUUCCAAGUGACCCCACAAGUAGACAUCACACCAAAACCCCAUGACAACACUACACCCGAGCCUCCUCCUACAGUGAUAGUGCUGGGUCCUUUCAACACUUACUCCUCAGUGAAACCAGCAAACACUCCCAGUUACAACGACAAUCAACAGAAACCGUCACAAACCGUGACUGUUCUGUCCCCCUUCCAGCACUCGACCGUAGUGACUGUGAAGCCAACAGGCAGUGUGAUAUCAGUGAAACCUCCACCUCAUUCCACCUACAAUCACCAACCAUCGUGGACCACUGCUUCUCCCUACAUCUCUGUUACUCACCCAUCCACUGGUGGAUCUCAACAGAUGACCAGUCCAGUUCAUCUUAUAACCAAACCUCCUAAACCUUAUCCUUCGAUUUAUUCAUCCAACAAACCGAUCACUUUCACCACUGUAAAACCAGUCCAGACUUACAUAUCUCAAAAGCCUGGGAGUUACAUAUCAAAUAAGCCAGUUCUUAUUACUUCCUCAAAACCGGGAUACCCGCAACAGAAUAGACCUAUUUUUGUUUCAACUAACUCAGUUUCAAGUCUUGAUACAUCUUCGAGCAAACCUGUCCAGUCUUCUUACAUAAAGCCUAAACCUUCAGAUAAAUACAGACCCACUGUCAACACUGUGAGGCCAGUGUCUGUGAUAACACAAUCUGAUGAUGAACCAGUGGUGAAUAGUUCAAGUCUUCUUGUAGCAUUUCCUCCAGUGAGAGAUCCAAACAUCACACUCCUCUCACAAUCUGAUAAGCCGGACCUCUCUACUUCAACCACUGCCAUCGACGAAGAGCAAUCAACGGUGAACUUCAUUGAAGAUGACACACUUAAUGACAAAGUCCACGGUUUUGUAGAAAAAAUAGUUCAGUCACUUGAAGGGAACUUUGUUGACUUAGAAAAUGUUCUAUUAGAUGGUCAAACAAAGCCAAAUGCUACACUGUCUCAAAAACCAGUGAAAAAGCCUUCCACAGUGUCAACUUCUUCAAAACCUUCCAGACCCACAAAAAAACCCUCUACUAAACCUACUACUCCAAAACCACUUGUAUCAAUCACAAAACCGACAUCGGUUAAGCCGGAUAUAUCCAUUUACACAAAUCGCCCAACCACGACUGUAUUACUGUCUACCAACUACAAACCACUAGACGAUAGUGAAAACAAACCCACUAAAAAACCUACUUCACCCUCGACAUUGGUUGUUUAUCAAUCGAGCCCAACCUCGACGACCACAAAACGACCGACGCCAACAACAGUUGUCUUAGACAACAUCAGUAUUGUCGAAGAACAAACUGAAGCUUCGCCAUCAAAACCACCGUCGGAAGUGAACUACAAGAAGGAGUGUGGUGUUAGACCGCUGAUGAAAAAUGGAAGAAUUGUUGGGGGAAAGGGAGCAACAUUUGGAGAAUGGCCGUGGCAAGUUCUCGUGAGAGAGGCAACAUGGCUUGGGCUAUUCACCAAGAACAAAUGUGGAGGUGUUUUGAUCACUAGUAGAUACGUGAUCACAGCCGCUCAUUGCCAACCAGGGUUUUUGGCUUCGCUAGUGGCAGUGUUUGGAGAGUACGACAUCAGCGGGGAGUUAGAAUCCCAACGCAGUGUCAGCAAGAAUGUGAGGAGAGUCAUAGUGCACAGACAGUAUGAUGCGGCUACCUUUGAGAACGAUAUUGCACUUCUUGAACUAGAAUCCCCAGUCGCGUUUGACUCACACAUUGUACCUAUCUGCAUGCCUCAAGACACUGACGAUUUCACAGGAAGAAUGGCCACAGUCACUGGCUGGGGAAGAUUAAAAUAUGGAGGUGGAGUACCAAGUGUCCUGCAGGAAGUUCAAGUCCCAGUCAUAGAGAACUCUGUCUGCCAGGAAAUGUUCCACACAGCUGGUCAUUCCAAGAGUAUCAUCAGCAGUUUCCUCUGUGCAGGAUAUGCCAACGGUCAGCGGGACUCUUGUGAGGGUGACAGCGGAGGACCCCUGAUGGUAGAGCGAGAAGAUGGUCGGUGGGUUCUGGCCGGCACCGUAUCACACGGUAUCAAGUGUGCGGCACCCUACCUACCUGGUGUCUACAUGCGCACAACCUAUUACAAACCAUGGCUACAAACCAUCACCGGGGUCCACUGACGCCCGCUUUCCUGACAUUGUGAUAUGUACUUUACUUCCAAAGACUGUUAAUCGUGUAUAAAUCGACUGUGUCCAUAUUGUAUAGAAUUUUAUGAGUACGCACUAUGUGUCUUAGUUAAUGCUUGAUGUUCUUUUGUGAAAACUCUUCCUUUCACUGUUAACUGUUUUAUUCAAAUGCUAAAAGCUUUAUGAAUCUGCACAUGAGAAAAAUUUUUUCUGUGUAAUGAAAAUUACAUGGAAUUUGUGAUGCAAUUGUAUAUAGUUAAAAGCUUCAGCAGGAAUGUAAGGGAUAAGCGAUGUAUGAUUAGCAACUGGCAAGUUUAUGGUGAAUUUAAAUAGGAAUAAUUUGCUGAAGAUUUUACUGAUAUUAAGUUCCCAAUUUAUAAAUUCUUAAUUCAAUGUUACAUUAGACACAACACAAAUUGAUACAACACAGAUUUAUAAAUAAAUACACUCAAUUAUUGUUUCAUUAUUGUGGAUUCACUAAAUCAGCUGAUAGAUUUGGAAUUAGAAACAGCUGUUGCUAUCCU